UAAUGGAUAAGUGUGUCGAGAAGAAGAAUGAGGAGGAGGAACAAAAGGAAAGCAAAAUCUUCCAAAAUUCCAGAGACAUUGCAAUUUUUUGAAUUUAUCCAUUCUCUGCCCUCGAAAGCAUCAAAGUUUCCAGAAUCCUAAAAAAGUUAAAGAUGGCGAAAUCUGUCAGACCCCAUUAGUGCUUCCAAUUGACGUUUUAGACAAGAAGCAGACCAAGACAACCACCGAGUAAGCGUUACCUGUUCGAGUAUCAGAACAGCGGUUACAUCACUCGAUGUUCGGUGGAGGAAGAGGACCGAUGGGCGGCGGCAGAGGUAUGCUACGCGCCGCCGGAAGAGCCAUGACGAGGACCGGCGUCGCCAACGGCGGGAUUCAAGAGCCCUUCUCUUCUUCAUCUUCGUCUGCAAACGCAGGUGCUUCGAACGGCUCCCAUGGCGGAUGUGUUGGUUCAGCUUCCAGGAAACCCCAGAAGCCGAGUUCUUCUUCUGGGUCGAACAAUCUGGCGAUUGCAGUAUCUGGGUCGCCGUUGAAUUUUCCGGUGGCUGCGAAUCCCGGUCGGAGCGGUGGCGGUGCUUUUGCCCGUGUGAGUUCUGGAGUUUAUGAUGAUUUCGAGUGGGUAUCUGAAGAAGGAAGUGACGAGGAGUUUGUCUUUGGUUGUGUUCCUUCACUCGAUGAAGUCCAAGACGCUGUUUGUGCUCUCCAACAGGUUUUCGAUGGUAGUCCCCACCCUCAUCUUGUUAGAGACAAAUUCGAGUGCAACGAUAACGAAACCAGCCGAAUCACGAGCUCCAAUGGCAUGUUUCACUCUGCUUCUUCAUCUGGAUCAGAUCUUGACUGGUUGGAGCCUUCAAUGCAGCUUUGCCAUGCAAGAACCCUGCAGUCUCAUGGUUAUGACCACGUUUACAAUGCCUUUCAUCUGCUGCAAACUGAACCAUCCGUCCAGAGAAUGGUGGUGUCUUUGUCAUCUGACAAAGCUGUUUGGGAUGCUGUCAUGAACAACGAAGUGGUACAAGAGAUCAGGGAGUUGUACAACACGGGCAUAAGUCGAGCAGGGAAUGAUGAGUUGAGCUCAGACGACACUCCCGGGGAAGACAAUCCAGCAACUGAUUUCAUAAGGUGGGUAUUUGACAACACAAAGGCGAAAGCCAUGGAAGUGUUUGAGAAGAUAUUAAAGCUUGCAACCGAGUUCUUCAUCAAGAAACCCGAUGAAUCUAGCAACGGAAAAGACAUCAGAGCAAACGCUUGGCUUGAAGAAAAGCUAAGGACAUCGGUCCUUCUCUCCGUCGUGGUCCUGCUGGUCGUGAUCGUGUCUCGAGCCAGUCACAGGGCUUGAUGGAUCCAAUCCGACGACAUGACACAGAUGCUUUCUUUGUUCCCUAUGAAGUGCAUUCAGUCUUUGCUUGUUCACCCUUUCUUGCAAAACAUGUUUGUAGACUCUUGGUUUGUCUUUUUUUCUGACAUUAAACACUUGGGUUCUGGUUGUUUUCAUCUUUCUUGUAAAACAUGUUUGUAGAAUCUUGGUUUUUGUACUUUGAUGUUUGGCAUCCCA